AUGACGAUGCCAAAGCUCCACAGACACUCGCCCUCCUCGGGGCCUGCACUGUCAAUCGCCUCAAUCAAUAUUGAAGGCUUCUCCAGAUGCAAGGCAGACAUACUAGCGACAGCGGCCAAACGCUUCGACAUAGUGUGCAUGCAGGAAACCCACACCGGCCCUACACAACACCGACCAGCCAUCCCUGGAAUGAAGCUGGUGGCCGAGAUCCGACACAGACAGUAUGGGUCAGCUUUAUUCAGCAGACCAAACCUCGCGAUCGAAGAGGUCUGCACCCACACCACCGAAGGGCAAAUGGAAACCAUCACAGUUGCCCUCCCAAACAUCUCUGUCACAUCAGUGUAUAAACCCCCCCAAAGUCCGUUCCUCCACUCUGAACUGCCAGACAGAUGCAAGAGGAAAUACCACAUUAGCAUUGGGGACUUCAAUGCCCAUAGCUCAUUGUGGGGCUAUGAAGUGAACAAUCAAGAUGGAGAUGAAGUCGAAACCUGGCUCGAGUCGAAACACCUGACCCUGAUCCAUGACGCCAAACUGCCAAAAUCUUUCCACAGUGCCAGAUGGAAACGAGGAUAUAACCCAGACCUUGUUUGUGUGAGCAGCGAACUAUCAUCCAGAGCUGUGAAAGAGGUCCUGGACCCUAUCCCCCAUACGCAACACCGGCCAAUCACCAUAACCAUCCGAUCCGCUCUCCAAGCAACAACCGUCCCCUUCCGCAGAAGGUUCAAUCUGCGGAAGGCCGACUGGCUGUCAUUCCAACAGGAGAUCGAAGACUCCAUCCCCAGCAUUCCAUCACACCCCAACAACUAUACCAUGUUCAUAGAACUGCUGAAAAGGUCAGCCAGGCGACAUAUACCAAGAGGAUGCCAGACCGAGUACAUCCCCGGGCUGUCGGAAACAUCCAGCGAUCUACUGAAAGCCUACCACAGGGUUGACACAGCCCUCAACGACACCUGCCGCGGCAGCUCCACCAACUGCAGCCGUUCACAGUUGCUGCUACCCAGCUUCUCCACGGCGUCAGCCAUCAGAGUGCUGCUCACCCUGGCCAUGGCCGGCAUCUCCUCGUCUCUCAAUGUGUACGUGUUACUGGGCGCGCUGCGGGCUCGCCGCUCACAUAUCCGCACAUUACUGGUGAACCUGUGCGGCGCCGACCUGCUGGUCACCGCGUUGGUCAUGCCCAUGGAUGCCUGCUGGAACUACACGGUGCAGUGGGCGGCCGGAGCCGCCGCAUGUAGACUCCUCAUGUUCCUCAAACUCUUCGCCAUGUACUCCUGCGCCCUCGUCACUCUCGUUAUCAGCCUAGACCGCUACUGUGCCGUCGUCCGCCCGCUCUCUAUCGGCCUGGCAGCCCGCAGGAACCGAGCCAUGCUGGCCGCAGCCUGGAUGUCCAGCGGAGCUCUGGCCGCUCCACAGCUUGUCCUUUUCCGCACAGUCUCCAUUUCCGUGCCCGCUCCGUUCACCCAGUGCGUGACUCACGGCAGCUUCCCUCAACCCUGGCAUGAGACGCUCUACUUCCUCUUCACCUUCCUCUGGCUCUUCCUGCUGCCCCUCAUAAUCAUGGUCUUCUGUUAUGCCAGCAUUUUCAUAACAAUCACAAGGAAAACCAUUCUAAAUGGAAAAUUGUUCUUGAAAGAUGCUGAUUGGAGGUGCAGCAAGAACUAUGUUCCCAAGGUGCGGGUGAAGACGCUGAAGCUGUCUAUUGUCCUUGUCAGCACCUUCAUCAUUUGCUGGACUCCGUAUUACAUCCUGGGAUUCUGGUACAACUUUUUCCCAGCCAUGAUAAACAAGAAGGAGCUUCCUGAAUCCAUCAACCAUGCACUCUUUACUUUUGGGAUGCUCAACAGUUUCAUUGACCCAGUUGUUUGUCGUAUUGGCUAUUUCAGGCCAAGCAGCAGCUGACCAAACAAACGUGUCUGACAUUGGACUGAGCAAAUGUGAAGUAACGGAAGCUCAUAGGAGGAGAAUUAGGCCAUUCCGCCCAUCAACUCUACUCUGCCAUUCCAUCAUGGCUGAUCUAUCUCUCCCUCUCAACCCCAUUCUCCUGCCUU